GGAUUCUUUUUUUUUUUUUUUUUUCCCCCAAUUGAUUUUUUCUUUAUUUUUUAUUUUUUUCUUCCUUCCUGUUGACGGGACUGACUCCCAAAAGAGAGGAACAAAAAAACAACAACAAAAACAACAACUGAAGAGAAUCUGAACAUUAAAAACAGGACAGAACAACACGCAGCGAACAUGUUCGAAAUAAGCCGAACACUCAACGCCGCUUUGUUGAGCAAUGAGCAUCUCAAGAUGAUGGCGAGGUACGGGCAGCUCUCGGGACUAGCAGCCAGUGGCGUGGGCUCCGUCCCCGAGACGCACUCGCCGCUAUUUCCCAGGGAUCUCCUGUCAUCGCCCGCCCAGAUGGGCUACAGGUCGCCCCUGGGGUCGACAGAGACACAGUGGCGUCAGGCAGAGCUCCCACAGCUCCAGGGCUGGGCAGAGAAGGGAUUGCUGACACAGCCAAAGAUGAUCAUCAGUAACAUGGAGGCUCCAGUGACAAACGGCCCCAGCGGAGGAGGCACCACAGCCAACGGGCCGACCACCAACAGCCGUGGCUGCCCCUCGCCCAUGCAGACCGGCCCGACAAACGACGACAGCAAGACAAACCUCAUCGUCAACUACCUGCCCCAGAACAUGACCCAGGAGGAGUUCCGCAGCCUGUUCGGUAGCAUCGGCGAGAUCGAGUCCUGCAAGCUGGUCCGCGAUAAGAUCACAGGACAGAGUCUGGGCUACGGCUUCGUCAACUACAUCGAUCCAAAGGAUGCAGAGAAAGCCAUCAACACGUUAAAUGGACUCAGACUUCAGACCAAAACAAUCAAGGUGUCAUAUGCACGACCCAGCUCGGCCUCCAUCCGUGAUGCCAACCUGUACGUGAGCGGCCUGCCCAAGACCAUGACCCAGAAGGAGCUGGAGCAGCUCUUCUCCCAGUACGGACGCAUCAUCACCUCCCGCAUCCUCGUCGACCAGGUCACAGGUGGCUCCCGAGGCGUCGGCUUCAUCCGCUUUGAUAAGAGGAUAGAGGCCGAGGAGGCCAUCAAGGGCCUGAAUGGCCAGAAGCCAUCAGGUGCCGCCGAGCCCAUCACGGUCAAGUUUGCCAACAACCCCAGUCAGAAGACCAGCCAAGCCCUUCUGUCGCAACUCUACCAGUCCCCCAACCGCCGAUACCCCGGCCCCCUCCACCACCAGGCCCAGAGGUUUAGGCUGGACAAUUUGCUUAAUAUGGCCUAUGGCGUAAAGAGGUUUUCCCCCAUCACCAUCGACAGCAUGACCAGCCUGGUGGGCAUGAACAUCCCCGGGCACACGGGCACCGGGUGGUGCAUCUUUGUGUACAACCUGUCCCCGGAUUCGGAUGAGAGCGUGCUCUGGCAGCUGUUCGGGCCGUUCGGCGCCGUCAACAACGUCAAGGUGAUCCGUGACUUCAACACCAACAAGUGCAAAGGCUUCGGCUUCGUCACCAUGACGAAUUACGACGAGGCGGCCAUGGCCAUCGCCAGCCUCAACGGCUACCGGUUGGGCGACCGCGUCUUGCAAGUCUCCUUCAAGACUAACAAGACACACAAGUCCUGA